GGUGGUGUUGGUGUCGCUGCCAGUGGGGGAGUGCCGACGGGACGACAGGGCGAUUGGUGCAGAUGAAGAGUGGGCCAGGGGAAAGCGAACGCAGAAGCACAGAUGGCCGACGAGAUUGCGGCCGUUGUGGGCAACGGGGGGAUGUGAAGAAAAUUGCGGUGUGCACAAGCGGCGACUGGGCACAAGGCGCUUCAUCGCUGGGCUGGGUGCGAUCGCAGAGAGACUGGAGCGACAAAGGCCGACGACAAGAGGACCUGUGCAGGAAUACAGGGCACAACAACGAGCAGGCAGCACAAGAGGCGAGUCAAGGAGCGGCUGACCGAGCGGCAAGCCAUGUUUCAUGGAAAGAAGGGGACCUCAUGAGACAUGUCUCGCAGGAAGCGACAGGCGCGACGGAUGUGAGAUAUAACACGGCGUGGAAGAAACCAAGUCGCGACAGAGACAGAGACAGAGAUGCGUGGGAGAGAUGCGGAGGAAAGCACACCAGCAACGGCGCAGGAGGCGACAGGAGGCGACAGGAAACUACGGGACAGAUAGAGACCAUGUGCCCGGUGCUGUGCAGCCGCGCUGUCUGGCCUGGGGGGGCACGACGCUGAUACGCAGCAGUGGUGUGGCCAAGGCCGCGAGCGAGGGCAACAUGUCCGGCAGCCGGAAGGAUGCCAACACAAACGCUCUUCCCGGGCGACAGACGAGACCAGCGCCGAAAGCGACGCAAGACGGCCAAGACGACAUCGGCGCAGAUGGCCGGCAAACAGGGCGGCUGGGGAGACGGACGGAUGUUGAAAGAGCGAGAGCCGCGAGCGCAGAAGGGGUGAAAGACAAAGCGCAAGACAAGGCACACCACGACGAGCAGGCGGAUUGGCUCGAUGGAACGAGGGUGCGAUGGUUGAGACGCCCGGACCACACAAGGGGCCUCGCGCGAGCUGAGCAAGGGGUGUCCCCAGGGCCGGCAAGGGGUGUCACCCACGGGACGCGCUCGUCCCACCCUUGGUGGAUCCAUUCAGGAUCCAGCCAGGAUCCAGCCGGGAUCCAGCCGGGAUCCAGCCGAGUGCACACUCGUCCCACCCUUUUUGGAUCCAUCCAGGAUCCAGCCGAGUGCACACUCGAUCCAACCGUGGAUCCAGCCAGACACGCACUCGAUCCGGCUGCAGUGCUCACCGCGUCCCCGACAAGGCCGUCUGUUCGCGUCUGUUCGCGUCGCCGCGCAAAUUUGCAGUUCUUCAUGACCCUCCCCCAAACCGAGUCGCUUGCUCCGCGGUGCUCCCUGUUUCCAUCCGCGCUGCUUGUCGUCUCCAGCCCAGCGUUGUCCGUCGUCGGCCAAUCGCUGUCCAUGAGCUCAUCCGUCGCUCUGUCCGCGGUACUUUGCGACUUCAUCCUCAUCCCCAAGGCACCUCUGGACGCACGGCUGAUUCUUGGGUCCUGUCUGCUUGGUCCGAAUCGGACCAACCAACAGCAAGUAGUGCCAGGCACGUUCGCGGCCCAUAUCGCCAUCGCUCGCACGGGCACGCCAACCCAGUCUUGCGUGGCCAUCACCAGCGAGCCACUCUGGCGACAAGAUCCGCAAUCCAUCGACACAAGCCUCGGCAGCAGUGGCACAGAGAGCACCUCCAUGCGCCAGAGGCAGCACCAAGGACACAGCGUCCAUGAAUGCAGGGGAUAG